AUGUCUACAUUACAAAACCCUGUUUGGUCGAAGAUUCCUGGCGAAUCUCUUAAUCCAAAGUACGAAAAGUGUCGCAACAUUACUGAAGAGAUUUAUAAAAGGAUAAAUAUAACGUUUCAAAUUAAAAAACUGGAAGGGACUGGUACCCAAAGUGACCUGUCAGAUUGUAGUGAUCAGAUAGACAGCAAUGAACUAAGCAAUGAGACAGACCUCUUUGCUUGCGACAAGAGUUCCCUCUCCAGCAGUACGGAUCCCGAUAGGGCCCUCACCACCUGUGAAAAGUAUAUAAAUAUAAAUAACAAUGAGGAGACCAAAAUAAAUAAAACAGUUUGCAAGAGACCAAGAAAAAAAUUCAGAAAGCGCGUGAAGAAGCACCAGUCUAUUAGGAAUCGUAGUGACAGCGAUGGCUCCAGCGACGAAGCCAUACCAUUGAGCCGUGUCGACGUUGACACUAGGAACAGCCAGAGCGAGUCACCAGACAAUGUUAUGGGGGUGCCCAAUAUAGUUAUCGUCACUAAAGAUGUAAAAGGGAAACUCAAGUCGCCAGCGUCACAGAAGGCCGUCACGAAACAGACUAAACAGCGCGCAGAUACACAAGCCAGUCCACCACAGAUAAACACACGGAACGAAGAUGCUGAGAAUGUUACCAGUGAAAAUUGUGAUAAAGCUGCCAUAUCUAAUAAGGAUGCAGUGCAGAUGGACGCACAAGAGUGGAGGUACUGUCCAAUCUGCAAUCUAUCAUUCCGCGGGGAGUGUGGCCUUAGGCGCCAUAUGACCCUGUCCCAUAAAGGAACAGAGGAGCAUAAGAAGACCGGUGAUGGAAGAGAUCUUAAAGCGGCC